AUGAUUCUUUCCAUCUAUUUUCUUUCUUUAAUUCUUUUUUGCCCUUUUCUUUCUCUAUCUCUUUCUGCCUCGUUUCUUUUUUUUAAGUAUUUCCGUCUCAUUUCUUUCUUCAAGUAUUUCCGUCUAUUUUCUUUUUUAAGUCUUUCUGCCUCUUUUUUUUUAUAUGAUUCUUUCCAUCUAUUUUCUUUCUUUAAUUCUUUCUGCCUCUUUUAUUUCUUUAAUUAUUUCGGUCUAUUUUUUUUCUUUAAGCCUAUCCAUGUCCAUUAUUUCUUUAAAUCUUUCUGCCUCUUUUCUUUCCUCUUUCCGUCUCUUUUCUUUCUUUGCGUCUAUUUUCUUUCUUUAAGUCUUUCCACUUAUUUUCUUUCUUUAAGUCUUUCUGCCUCUUUUCUUUCUUCUUUCCGUCUCUUUUCUUUAUUUAAGUCUUUCUAUCUAUUUUCUUUCUUUAGUCUUUCCAUAUCUUUUCUUUCUUUAAGUAUUUCCAACUAUUUUCUUUCUUUAAGUCUUUCUGCUUCUUUUCUUUCUUCAAGUAUUUACGUCUCAUUUCUUUCUUUGAGUCUUUCCAUCUAUUUUCUUUCUGUAUGUUUUUUCAUCUAUUUUCUUUCUUUAAGUCUUUCUCCGUCUUUUCUUUCUUUAAUCUUUCUGCCUCGUUUCUUUCUUAAAUCUUUCCGUCUAUUUUUUUCCUUUAAGUCUUUUCGUCUCUUUUCUUUCUUUAAGUCUUUCCAUCUAUUUUCUUUCUGUAAGUCUGUCUGCCUCGUUUCUUUCUUUAAGUCUUUCCGUCUUUUUUCUUUCUUUAAAACCUUCUGCCUCGUUUCUUUCUAUAAGUCUUUCCAUCUGUUUUUUUCUUUAAGUAUUUCCCCCUCUUUUCUUUCUUCAAGUAUUUACGUCUCUUUUCUUUCUUUAAGUCGUUCUGCCUCUUUUCUUUAUUUAAGUUUUUUCCAUCUCUUUUCUUUCUUUGAGUCUUUCCAUAUAUCUUCUUUCUUUAAAUCUUUCCAUCUAUUUUCUUUCUUUAAGGUCUUUCUGCCUCUUCUCUUUCCUUAA